UUUUCGUGGUAAAAAUAAAAUUAUGCCACGCGUACGAACAAUAAUUGAAAUAUUUUUUUAAAUUCAAGAAUUUGAUAUAAAAUACUAAAUAAGGCAAUUAGUGAAGAAGUCAAUUCAGCAAAUAGUUAUUUCCUUCACAAGGUCACUGAUUUGUUUUCAUGAAUCUGUUCUGAACUGGUAACAUUUCUCCAAAAACAACAUGAACUUGUGAACCGGCGUUGCUGGCGUUUUCGUGUGACUAGGUUUUUUGUGUUCGUUCUUUGUUCAAGUUCCAUGUCGCAAAUGAAAUAAUCAAAGAAUAGUGUGAGUUUUAUUAGUAUUUUGUUUUCGUAGUGUAGUUUUUGCAAUAAAAGAACAAUGAUAAACGAAAUGAUGGUGGAGAAUGGCGGCGGCGACGCCAAUUCCAAUGUGUCACCUACCAAACUCAUGGUCAACUACAUCCCCGAGUUGAUGACGCGCGAUAUGAUGUACGCGCUGUUCUCGGCGAUGGGCAAGAUCGAGAGCUGCAAGCUGAUCGCUAACCGCGGCUACGGCUUCGUCGAGUAUGAGAAGCACGAGGACGCAGAGAAGGCGCGGGCCGCCUUCAACGGGCUGCUCAUGCAAGGCAAGACGCUCAAGGUAUCAUUCGCGCUCCUAAACCCUGAAAACAAGGUCAGCCACAAGCCCGACACAGAAUCUAACCUGUACAUCAGCAACCUGCCCCCGGACAUGACGCUCGAGCGACUCAACAACCUAUUCGGUCAAUUCGGUGUCAUAACUAACAGCAGAGUCUCGCAGGGCAUAGGCUUCGUGUGUUUCGAGCAGCGCGGGCAGGCCGAGGAGGCCAUCAAGAACAUGAACGGCUCGUCGCCGAUACCCGGCGCCGGCGCCAUCGUUGUAAAGUUCGCCAACAAACCCAACUCGAACAAGAACCCGCCACGGCCGACGCCGCGCGUUCCCGUGGGCGCGGCGCCGCUGGCCGCGUACAACGGCGCGGCGGUGUUCAACGGCACGCCGCCGACCGCCUUCAACGGCACCAACCUGUCGGCGGCGUUCGGUGCGCGGCCCGCAGCCUUCGCGGCCGGCUUCCCGCAGGCGUCACCGCCGCCACUGCUGCCGUCGCCUGGCAAGGCGCUGCCGUUCAUCAACAAGGGCACGCAGCGCUUCAACCCGAUGGCGGCCACCAACCACUCGCCGCUGCCGCUGCUGGGCGCGCCCGCCAGCCCCGUGCCGCUGCUCGGUGCACAGCCUGCGCCGCACCAGACCACAGUGUAUGUAUACAACAUUGGGGAGGACACGGAGGAGUUGGCGCUGUGGCAGCUCUUCGGCCCUUAUGGUGCCAUUGAUUCUAUAAAAGUGAUCAAAGAUCCCGAGACAAAGAAAAAUAAAGGUUUUGCAUUUGUGAACAUGCGCGAUUAUGAUGAGGCCGCGAUGGCUAUCCAAGCGCUCAAUGGCUACACGCUCAACGGACAGGUUCUAUCGGUUAGCUUUAAGACUCAGAAGAGAAAUAAUUAGGGUGUGUACGGACGUUGUAGACGCCGUCUCGUUGUGUUGGUUCCGGGCCGAAAGCUUAAAAGAAAGAUUUCAUUCCAAUCUCAGAAUAUUUUUGUAGUCGAGACGCGAGAUCCUCUAUGUGCAUUUCAGAUUAGUCUUAUAAGUAUUUUUGUAAGAUUUAACAAUUUUAACAUAGUUUUAUAUUGGCGAGCGCGACAUGACUAUCUGUGAGUUUAGUUGGCUUGACGUAUCGUAUAUGUGUACCACUCUAUCUUAUUGUAUGGUAUUAUAUUAUGGACUAUGUAUGGACCUGUCGCACUAUGUAUGCCCUGGGGCGCCCGCCUCGCUAGUCGUGAGCCUGGGUUGCCUUACCCUCCAGGUAUUUUAUUUUGUGUAAAACAAACAUUGUAUGUUUUUUAUCUUUAAUAAAUUUCAUGUUUAAAUAGAA